ACCAGAGCUCACAUCGUUAGUGUCUGUCCGCGCACCCGGACAUGAGCGCCGCAACACCAGAGAAUGGCCCCUCUCGGAUGGCACAGGUACGACAAAUGAUUGAGGAACACAAUGAGAUGGGAUGGGAUGUCGCUUUGUGGGUAUCAACAUCCUCAGGAGAUGUGUCUCGCUUUUCUCAACGGAAGUCAGAAGAAGUGAUACGACGCCCUGGGAUGCUGGGAGCUACCAGCCCGCCUUGAAAGAGGUCUUGGAUGAUAAGGCACUUGCUCUGCCCACAGAGUGCCGCGCUCUUGUGCCAGGAUGUGGACGCGGAUAUGACGCAAUCCUCAUAGCGAAAACCCUCAGUCUUGAGACGCUAGGUAUCGACGUCGCGCCGACCGCGAUAGCGGCAGCUCAAGAGUGAUUAAAUCAUCCCCUGUUUCAUAUAUCAUAGACGUCUGCUGAGUAUACGCGGUGUAGCAAAAUUUGUCCUAACUCGCCAUAUGGCAGAAGCCC